AUGAUAUUCAUCAUUUGGUAAGAUAUUAAAAAUAAGUUAGUUGUUAUUAGGGGAUGAGUAGUUGUGUUUUUGAUACCAUCACAAAACCAGAUACAGAAUAAAGAAUUAUUGAAUAAAACUUAAGCGGUUUAGGAACAAAAAGUUAUGGCUGGGGAGUUUGGACAAAAUAUGAAUCAGGAUAUGGAAGUCCAGAAUAAUUAAGUUAAACAAUAUCAAGUAUGCAUGUGUUAACAGAAAAAUAUACAGAAAGAAUUAUAUUAUCAUAUUUUAUAGUAAUAGAUAGAGAAAAAUUGAUAUUUUAUCAUCGAUUAUUAAUAUAGCAUGGAGGAGUAUUAUAAAUUAGAGAAUUGAAAAUUAAUGUAGCUAUAGCCAAUAAAAAAUGGGUUUUUUUCUAUUUUUGUUUCAAAGAAACAUUGAAAUCUUACAGUAUGUUUCUUUAUGUAGAUAAUGAUGUUUUUCAUGUAAGUAUGUCAGCAGGGGGACCUUUUGACAUAGAUGACUUGAUUAAAUAAUAUCAUUUAGGAUAAAUCGUUGAUGUAAUUAGAAUGCUAAAAAUAGGUGAUUAAUCCAUUUGAUGAGUCCAUAAAUUAUAAUUUAAGUGUGUUUAUCGGAUUGAUUAGUGAUAUGGAUUUAAGAACAGGGGAGUCCAAUUAUUAUCCAGAUAUUUAAUCUUUUCUAGAUAGUUUAGAAUCGGUUGAGUGUAUAAAGGAAUUAGAAUGUUCAGGAGUGAGUAAAAUUAUAAAUUUUGAUAAUGCAAUCUUUAAUGAUUAAAGUGCUCGGAUAUUAUCAAAAUUGAAAUACGAAAACUCUCGCUUUUUUAUAAGUGGAUGGGUGAGAGUUUCUCAGGUUCCAUUAUAUUAAUAGAGAACUUUAGCUCUAUUUAGAAUGACUUUGAAGAAUAAAUAUGAAGACGAUCAAUAUUAUGGAGAUAGAGCAUUAUUUUGGUAAUAUUUGUAAAACUCAGAUUAACCUGAUUCAUCCGGAUUGAUAGUGACUACUUAUCAUGAGAAUGACCCAUUUAUCCCUUAUACAACAAAUCAUAAUGAUAUGAUAAGUUAUUUGAGUUCAUAUUAUAGUAAGGCAAUAACAGAAUGGCAUUGGUUUAUUUAUGAAGAAGGAAGAAGUGGAACAAAUAAUAUUUAGAAUACAAUUUUUUGGGGAAAUGGAGGUUACAACAAAAAAACAGAUGUAAAUUAGUUAUAAUAAACUCACUUAUUUGAAACAUCCUUGUAUAUGACUCUAGGAGGAGAUAAAUUCUAUAAUUUUAUAGGUCAAAUCUAAUAAUUUGAGUUUUAAUAUUGCCAUAAUAAUGACAUUUCAUAUUUUAUAAGUAUGGGUAUUUUAUUCCAUAAUAGAAUGUCAUUAUAGUUGCUAAAGUUGUUUUGGCCCUUUAGAAACUCAUUGUAUAACCUGUCCAGAUGAAGAAACUUCAAACCGAGUAUACAAUCAAGGUUAGAGUAGCUGUGGAUGUAAAGGUUCUUAUGUUGAGAAUGAAGAUACUCAAUGUGUUAGUAAUGAAUUAUAAUAUAACUUUUAGAAAGCCAAGAAUACUUUUAAGAUGUUACUAUUCUUGAAGGUGAAGAUUCUAAUUUAUUUGCUUGUGGUUUAGGUUAAUUUUAUGUUUAAUUUGGGUAAGUAACUUAUUGUGCUGAUUGUCCAGGUAAUAGGGAACCAGAUUUCAUUAAUAGAAGAAAAUUGUUUUGUGUUGAUUGUCUAAAUUAAUAGUACACAUGGUAUUCAAAUCCAAUUUGUACAGAAGAUUAUGAAUAAUUAAUUUCAAGUUCAACUAGUGCUUAUUAAAAGAAAGCUAGAAUACCAAUAGAUUAUGAAUAUUUCCUUAUAAAUUUCAAUGCUUAAAUGAACUAAAUCGAAAUAGAGCUUUGUUAAGGUUGUUUAAGAGAGAUGACUGAAAAUUCUGAUUAUAUUGUAAAGUUAAAAUUGGAUUAAAAAAUAAAAAUUGUAUGCAAAACAUGUUAUUUAAUUAUUGAUGGAGAAUGUAUUAAUGUAAAUAGUAAUUGUAAUUCUUGUGAUUCAGAUAAAUGUAUAGAAUGUUCAUAAGGUUACACACUCUAUUAAAAUUAAUGUUACAAAUGUCCAGUCAUUUGUCCAAAUGAUUGUAUAUUUGAUGGAUCAAAAUUUGGUUGUUUAAAAUGUGAGAUUGGUUAUUAUUUAGAUACUGUAAAUAAUGAAUGUUUAUAAUGUGGAGCUAAUUGUCUAAUUUGUUAACCAGGAAUACCUAUGGAUGGAGAUUUUGUUUAAAUGUAGUGUUUUAAAUGUAUUGAUAACAAAGAUUUUUUCAUUGAUGCUGAUCUUAUUAAUUGCAAACCUAAAAAUAUGCCUCAUUGUAUUUAUUAAUAUUAAGAAUUCUCUCAACGCUCUUUAUUUGAAAAUGAUACUCAUUAAUAUAAAUUUUAAAGUUCUUUAGACCUUAAUUUCUCUAAGCCUUCCACUAAAUUUUAUGAUAGAUGCGCACUUUGUGAAAAAGGUUAUGUAUACAGCUUACAUGAAUUUGAAUAGGGUAAGGAUAAAUGCAUAUUAUAUUCUGAAAUUACUGAUUAAGAUUACCCAAACUUUAAUUCUCUUCAAAUCGCUCCAGAAUCUGAAGAUGAUCAUUUCUAAAUAAUGCUGUUUCAUUAGCAUUCAUAUCUAGGAUUAAUUACAAGAAUUUUAAUGAUUCUUGGAGAUUAUAUGACUGCAACUCUAGGUGGGAAAGUAUAAGAUGUUACAGUAAUCUGUAAUAUAGAUAGAAAAGUCAAAAGAAGCUUGGAUGUAACACCAUAAUAUGAGAAAGAUUUAUUAUCAGAAUGUACUAAAAGUAAUUGCAAAUAAUGUAUAAAGAAUUAUGUUUGGUUUAAUGAAUAUUGUAUGCUUUGCAAUUAGGGUUAUUAUGCUGAAAUUUUUUCAGGUUAAUGUUAUUAAUGUGUAGCAAAAUUGCAUUGUAGAACAUGUUAAAUGUAACAUAAAGUUUACAAAGAUGGAUGGAAAUGGGAAAUCAGGGCAUAUUAUCGUGCAAGAACUUGUGCAAAUUAUUGUCAUACAAGUUUUAAUGCGAAAUGUACCACCACAAAUGUAGAUGAUUAUGAAGUUUAUUGUACAUCAUGUGAAGAAGGAUAUGAACUUUAUAAUGAAAAAUGCAUUCCAAAAUGCAGUUGUUCCAAAUGUAUUAUACAAAAUGAUUUAUACAUUUGUGUAGAAUGUCCUUCAUCCUUAAUAAAUACUAAUUAACCUAUUCAAACCUUAAUAAAUAAUAAAUGCACUGACUGUCCUGCUAAUUGUGCUUUAUGUCGAGAAUUAAAUGAUGAUGAAAUUAGAAAAAUUAAUCCUUACUUUAAUCCAUAAUAUAGUCAUCUUGAUAUUUAUUCCAAAUCCUGUAUUAAGGGUUAUGAACCAGAUAAAUCUUUAAUGUAAUAUUAGUACAUCUAUCGUGAUCCAAUAUUAAGUACUUAAAUUUUAUGUUAGUAAUACUAAAAAUGUUAUUAAUAUUUAGAAUAAGAAUAUACAAUCUAUUGUAGUUAAUAUGCAUAUGAUUAUGAUCUCGAUUCAUCUAUUAACAAGAAUGCAUUUCGAUACAAGAAUAUGGCAUUAUCUCACUUAUUUUCAGAAACUCAUUUUUCUAUUGAAUCUGAGAAGCUUUUUGAUGAACUCAAUAAAAAAUCUAUUAAAUCAGCUAAAUAUAUUCUAAAUUUUAAAUAUUAUAAUGAUGAACCAUGCAUUAUUCCACCUAAUUCUGUAAUCUUCUCAAAUCUCAGAAGAAAUGUCUUUACUCUCCAAUAAUUAGAAAUUAUACUUAUUGGAGACAUAACAAAGUAAACUUUCAUUCAAAGCACUUUUUAUCUCGAAGAUUUUACUAAAAUUACACUUUAAAAUUUUUUAAUUGUCAAAUCAACCAAAUAAAGCUCUAUUGGUAUAACUUAGCUUAAUAGAGUCAGUGUAAAUCUUGAAAAUUUCAUAAUAAAAGAUUCAGAUACAUAUAGAUUUUAAAUCUAAAUCAAGGAUCCUUUAAAUGUCUAAAUUAAUAAAUUUUAAAUCAUUAAUUCGAAAAUAGUUGAUACCUAAGGAAUUAUUGCUUAUUCAUUUAGCAAAAAAAUUAUUGAUAGAUUUGAAUUCUUGGCAAAUAAUAUUACACUAUUGAAUUCUGAAUUUUAAAAUACUUAAAUAAUCCUUCAAAUUUUAUAAGAUAAUUGCAACAAUCAAUUUCAUGAAAUCACUUAAAUAAAAUCAAUUAAAAAUAAGUUUAUUUCAUCAUCAUUAUUUGAAACAUAUUUUCCAUUAUCUGAGAGAAAGUCAAGCUUCAUAAUUAUAGGGUUUUCUGCUGCUCGAGAUACAUUAACAAAGUCUGGUUAUGCAAUUUUAUAAGGUGCUCUUGAUGUAAAACUUUAAGAUUUGACUAUUCAAAAUAGUGCCAUUUUAGAAGGAACAAAACUAUUUUAAUUACCACUAUUUGUUAUUAAAAAUUUCUUUUUUGAUAGCAAUAGUCUAUUAAGUAAUGAUAAUAGAGUAAUUACCAAUUUAAUUAAUAUUGUAUAUUCUGAUUUGGAUUCUGUUACUUCAAACAUUUUAACAUUUGAUAAUAUCAAAUUCUAAAAUAAUUACUAUGUGAGUAGUAAGGGUUUCAUAGAAAUAAUACAAAGUAGUAACUUUAGAUUUUUAGAACUAAAGAUCACUGAUCUUACAUUAAUUAGGAAUGAUAUGAUAUCGGAAAAAUCAUCAGUAAUGAAGGCAAUUACUUUAGAAAAUUCUACAAUUUAUUUGGACAUAACAUCAUUAUAAUUGACUAAUGUAUUUGUAUAGAGAAAUUUAAAUUUGCCUGAAUUUACAAUAAAAAAUGCUAAGAAUGUUAUAAUUAACUAAUUUACAGGACAGUUGAUUAAAUAAUUUAAUAUUCUUCAUCCUUCAAAAUCAUGUCUUUUUUCUGUAGAUGAAAUCAGGUAAACUACUAUGCUUUUCUUUUUUAAUAUAUUAAACUUAGAAAUGUCAAAUAUUAUUAUGUAUAAUCUCACAUCUAUAAAUUUACCUUUGAUUUUAAUAAAAUCUAUUGAAAAAUAAAAUAAAAGACAAUAAGAAAAGAUUUUCCUUUAAAAUUGUAAAUUUGUUGGAAAUAUCCUGAUGGUUUCUAAGACUUCAGAAUAAUUGGGAGUAUUAGCUAUAUAAUCUGAACAAGAACAAACAAUAGUUUUUUCGAAAUUGAUAUUCGAAGGCAAUAUUUAACAUAGUUAAAUUGACAAUAUAGCCUUUAUUUCAUCUUCAACAAUUUUAUUAAUUACUCCAUAUUCAACUAUUGAGAUGAGAGAUUCAGUAUUUUAUAAAAAUAUUGUUACAAAUGGAGAGAAUUCUAAUCUUAUUUUGAUUGGUAAAUCAGUCUCAUUAAUGGAUUCAUAGUUUUUAGAUCAAAAUAACAUUGAGUUCUAAUCUUUUUCACAACAUUUAAAUUGGGGAUUCUAAUAGAAUGAUUAAGUAUAUUUGGAAGAUUUAAUCGAAUCAUUUCCAAUAUAUUCUAAAGGAGGAGCUGGUUAUAUAAAAGGUUCAGAGAUCUUAAUGGAUAAUGUAUAUGUGAACAAUACUCAAGCAUUAUUUGGAGGAGCUUUUUAUUUGAUACCUUAAUCUAUGGGUUCAUUGAAAUUGAUGAAUUCUUAAUUUUCUAAUUGUAAGACUAUAGAAACGAAUUUAGAGAGAUCUCAAGGAGGUACUUUAUAUAUUGAUUCAUCUUAAUCUCAAUUAGACUUAUUAAUAUAAAAUACAACCGUAACUAAUUCAUAUAGUAGAAAUGAAGGAGGAUGCAUUUAUAUUGAGCCUUCUAGAGUGAAUAGUUUAAUCUAAUUUUCAGAUUUUAGCAUUUAGAAUAUAUACUCCUUAUUGACUCCUUUUUUAAGAACACCAGUUAGCUUUACAAGUUCUUCUUUAUUACUUAUGAUUCAAUUUUAUAAUGUUCAAAUUAUUAAUACUUACAGUGGAUAUUUAAGUUAUUUAGAGGAAAUAGUAGAUAUGAAACAAACUGAAAUAUUGAAUCAAAAAAAUAACUAUUUAAUCUCAAUAGAUUAAGGUAAUGUUACAAUGCAAAAUUGUUUAUAUAAAAAUAUCUUUAAUUAUGGAUUUUUGAAUUGUUAAGGUUGCCAAUCAAUGAAAUUAAAAAAUGUAGAGAUUAAGAAUUUUACUAUGUUAUCAGAAUCAAUUAUUAACAUAAUACUAAAUAAAAGUAAUUAUUAUUAUUAUAGAUUUAGAAUAUUAAAGUACAAUUACAUUAAAUGAGGUUUCUGUAGAUAAUGUAAUAGAAUUUCAUGGGUUGGUGGAUAUUCCAGAAGAAAAGGUAGAGAUUCUUGUGAAUACUGUAUAUAAAUGCAAUUAAAAUUUUGUGAUUCCAUAGAUAAUGGAUGUUUAUUAUAGUAAUAAGAGAAAAUAAAUAAUUUCACUUUAUAAUUUUUAUAAGAUAAUUAAUGGAAGAUAAUAGUUGAUUACAAUUUUUAAGAUAGAUCAAGUGUCUAUAUUACAUUAUCUAUUUUUUUAAACCUUCAAUAUGGAAUAAAAUUAUUGUUCAAAUUGUGAAAGUAGCAUAUUUCAAAUUACAAAUAUUGACAAAGCAGACUCAAUUAAUUUGGUUUAUAUCAUAGAUUCAACAUUCAAAAAUAAUACAUGUGGUAAAUUUGGUUGUGUUGUUAUAUCAUCUAAGGAUGUUAAAUCUAUUCAAAUAUAAAAUUCAAAUAGAAUUUUAGAAUCUGAUUAGACGAUUAGCAAUAUCCAUACAUAAGUCAAAUUUAUAGACAGUGUUUUUAUUCAGAAUAAAGCAACAUAUGGAGGGGCUUUGUUAAUCUCAUAAAUUAACGCUUUAAUCAAUAAUUGUAUAUUUAACUAAAAUGCAGCGAUAUAGUCUGGAGGAGCAAUUUACUAUUAGUAAUAUGAUGGUUCUAAAUUACAUUUAUAUAAUUCAUUAAUCACACAUAAUAAUGCAAAUGUUGGAGGAGGAUUAUAUUUGGGAAAUUAUUAGAUGAAUGAUCCUAAGACUUUGAAUAAUUAUCUUAGAAAUAACAAAGCUAAAAGUUUUGGAGAUAAUAUGGCUGACAAUCCAUCCUAAUUAACUGUUUAGAUAGGAAAUUAAUUACUUUUAACAAAGAGAAUAAUUAACAAUAAUGAAUAAAUUGUUGACUAAGUCAUCUAAAGUAAUUACACAAUAGGUUCAAAUGUUUACAAAUAUAUAAUGGUUCCUAGUGGAUAAAUCGUGUCUCUCUAUAACUUUUUUGAUGAAAAUACUUAAAGUUUUAUCAGCUACAAUUUUAGUUUAAGAGUAAUCCCUUUAAACAAAUAAUAUGAUAGAAUUAAAAACCUUACCGGAACUGAGUGUUCUCUAAAAAGUCGUUAAAUCUUAGAUAAAAAAUAAGAAACUUAUAAUUCAAGCCUAAUAAAUUUGAAGACUGUAAUUUUUAAUGAAACUUCAUAAGAUUAUAAUUUAGAUUCCCUUAUUGUUUAUUUCAAUCCAGAUUUAAAUUAUAUAGGAUAUUUACAACUAGAAAUUUAAUGUAAUUCAAUAUCUAUUGGCUUGUAUUCAUAAGAAUCUCCAUAUUAAUUAACUUCUUUUCAAACUAACUAUUCCCUUAUAUUUGACUUGUAAACAUUCCCAUGUUAAAGAGGAGAGUACAAAAAGCCAGAUGGAACUUGUGUUUUAUGUGAUUCUCAAUUCGAUUAGUAUAAUAUAUAGGCAGGAGAAUAGUGUUUAAUAAAAAACCCAUUUACUAUGGAUGAAGUUAAUGCAGCAAGAGUCAAAUUAAAACCAUUCUAUUGGAGACCAUAUGAAUACAGUCAUGCUAUCGAAUACUGUUAAAAUAUGCCUGAGAAUUGUAUAGGUGGUUGGAAUCCUGGGAAUAAUCUGUGUGUAAAUGCUCAUGUUGGUGCCCUUUGUGAAUAGUGUGAUAUCUAUAAUGUAAGAGGGAAUGGAUAAUAUUCUUUAAGUUCAUUAUACAAAUGUGGAAGUUGUGAUAAUAUAGGUGAUAACACCAUUAAAAUUGCUCUGAUUAGUCUUUGGACUAUGAUUUCUAUAUUAAUUUCUGUGAAAGGCACUGUUGAAACUGCAAAUAAAAUAGACUUUGAUAAUAAAUUAUCAAAAUUUAAGAUCUUUGCUAAAAAUCCAAAGGAAGGUUUUGGUGGAGUAUUAAUUAAAGUGUUGACCAAUUAUCUUCAAAUUGUUGGAGCUAUAUCAACAUUUUAAUUGUAAUUACCAAGUGUUUUGUAAUCAAGUAUUCGUUCUGUUAGCAAUCCUGUAGAAUCAAUGAGUUUCUCAUUAGAUUGUUUCUUGAUUACCAUAUCAAACAUUGAUAUCAUUUACUUUAGAAUGAUCUGGGCUCUCAUCAUGCCCAUUAUAUAUAUUAUCAGCUUUUUAUCUUUAUACACUAUAUGGAUUCUGAUUAGUCCGACAAAAGCUAACAAGAGUGCCAUAACAACAAGUGCUAUAUAUCUAUUCACAUAUUUAUAACCUACUCUAUUGGGAGGAUUCAUCUCGUUAUUGUCUUUUAGGAAGAUUUCAGAUAUCUAUUGGAUUCAAGGAAAUGUUGCUUAUAGAUAUGAUACUUAAUCCCAUUUUAAUUGGAUGAUAACUUUUAUUUUACCUUCUACUCUUUGUCUUGCUUUAGUGAUUCCUAUUUAUAUGUUUUUGAGUCUUUAUUAAAAGAGAAAUAAAUUGACAGAUAGUGAGACCAGAAAGAUUUGGGGUUACUUGUAUAACGAAUAUUCAGAAAAAGCUUACUUUUGGGAGAUCGUCAAAAUUCUUGAAAAAGGAUUCAUGAUCGUCUUUUUAACCUUUUAUGAGGAUUUAAUCAUUAUUAAGGCAGCUAUGAUCUUUAUUAUAACAUUCCUAUAUUCAAUAUUGACCAAGAAAUUUAAACCUUAUAAAUUAUCAUAUCUGAACCUAAUUGAUGAAAUUAGCACACUAGUUUGUGAAACUUCAAUUGUACUUGGUAUGACUAUUUAUUCAGCUUCAUCUUCUGAUAAUCAAGAGAUUAUAUGGCCUUUCUAUAUCAUUUUGAUAAGCAUUAAUUCUAUCUUUAUCAUCAUCAUUCUUUGGGAAAUUAUACUAGCCUAAUUAGAAGAUUAAUAAGAGAAUAUUGAUAAGAUUAGAGAAAAGAUAAAUAAGAAAUUUCCAAAUUUAUAAUAAAAGAAUUGGUUCUUUCGUAGAUUACUUAUUAAUAGGGGAGAAUAGUAAAAAAGAGUAAGAGAUCGAUUUUAAAAGAUUAGAUAAUAUCUUAUGGAAAUAGUCAGGGCUAAUCCUGGAAGAUAUAAAUAGCCAAGUAUUUAAAUGUUUGAGAGCAUUUUUAAUGAAAAAAAAAAAGAUUAAAAUGUAUAUUAUUUUAAUAUUUUAGGAAUCACCAUCAGAUAUAGGCAAUAGAGAAAUAAAAAAUAAUCUUAAUAGUAUUAGUAAGACGAAGGUAAACCCAGAAAUUUUCAUUGUAGAAAAAAUAGAAAAAGCAAAUGAAUACGAUUCUAAAAAUAGAAUUGAAAAAAAUUAUAAUUAAUGA